AUGGCUAUUGUCUUGUUUCCCGACCAUGUCACGGACACCCGGAGCAUUCUCCGACAGGUACACGAAGCGAGGAACACGUCGACAUUGGUGAAAUCCUUCCUCGAAAAGGCUUAUCACGCACUUCGGCAUGAAACCUGGAACUUAAAUCCUGAUGUCAGGCAUCACAUACCGCCUUUCAAUAGUGUUUUCGAUCUCAGCGAGAGAUAUGCAGCUUGUGAGGUUCAGCGGUUAGAAGUCUCGAGUGCUCUUCUCUGCAUUGCUCAACUAGCUCAAUAUAUCGGUCAUAACGAACGAAAUGACCAGCUUCGUCUAGACGCCAACUCGGAUCUACUUGUAGGCACUGGCAUAGGUCAACUUUGCGCUGCUGCUGUUGCGUGUACAGCUACUGUUGUCAAACUUCCUGACCUUGCCGCUGAAGCAGUCCGACUGGCAUUCCGUAUUGGUUCUGUUGUCGAGACAUAUUCUGUCCAGAAUCAACGUUCUGCACAUUCAAAUGAGAGUUGGAGUAUAAGUGUCCCAGUUCCUUUCGAGAAGCUUCAGGAAGAACUACAAACUGUACAGGACGAUGCAAACCUCUCAGUUGCUGGGAGAGCCUUCAUUACCACUGUCGGCAUCUCAACAUGUAUAAUCAGUGGUAACCCCAGGCGUCUGGAGUGGCUAAUGCAGAACUCGGGGCUAUUAAAGUCUGUCCAGUGCCACAAGUUGCCAAGCACAGGAGUCUGGCAUGCAGAGCAUGUUUACGAUGACGAGCAUGUGGCAGAGAUUAUCGAUGCGCGAGCACAUGCUAUCCGAAACUUCCAACUGUCGCCAAAAUCAAUCAUCUCGACAAGAACUGGAACGUUUUCGGAAGCAGACACAGCUUUGUCUCUAUUCACAGAAGCCACCCAAAACAUCCUGCGAUACCCUAUUCAAUUUUCCACAGUUGCGGCAACCAUCGCCGGUAGUCUGAGCAAGCAAGAUGCCCCCUCAGUCCAGCUGUUGGGAUUCCAGGAUUGCGACAUGACAGAGAGCCUCAGAGUGUUUGCUGAAACUCAAACAGCAAAGUCAGUUACGGUUCAAAGUCUCGGAGAUUGGUCAUUACCUACGCAGCCUUUACCGUUCAGAAGCGGCUCAUCAGAUCCCGCAAUUGCUAUCGUCGGCAUGUCUGGUCGCUUUCCAGGCGCUCCUGAUGUUGACCAUCUAUGGGAUCUUCUUAUCCAGGGCCGGAAUAUGUACCGAGAGAUACCAAAAGAUCGAUUCAACGUGGAGACACACUAUGAUCCAGAAGGAAAGAAAAACAACUCAAGUCACACACCAUACGGUUGCUUUGUUGAGGAGCCAGGCCUCUUUGAUUCUCGAUUCUUCAGCAUGUCUCCCAGAGAAGCCACCCAAACUGACCCCAUGCAUCGGCUUGCAUUGGUCACAGCAUAUGAGGCACUGGAAAUGUCUGGUUUUGUGCUUGAUUCGACGCCUUCAUCACAGAAAGAUCGUGUUGGAACAUUCUAUGGUCAGACAAGUGACGACUGGAGAGAGGUUAAUGCCGCGCAAAACAUUGAGACAUAUUUUAUCCCAGGUGGUGUGCGGGCAUUUGCUCCAGGUCGAAUCAACUACCACUUUGGCUUCCGUGGCCCUAGCUACAGUGUCGAUACUGCCUGCUCCUCCAGCUUGGCCGCUAUCCAGGUCGCAUGUUCGGCCCUCAAGUCAGGAAAGUGCGAUACCGCAGUUGCAGGUGGAGUCAAUAUUCCAACUGCACCUGAUAUUUUUGCUGGUCUUAGGAAAGGCCAAUUCUUUUCAAAGACUGGUUCUUGUAAGACGUGGGACAGCAAAGCAGAUGGAUACUGCAGGGCUGAUGGCGUCGGCUCCAUCGUUUUGAAAAGGCUCGACGAUGCUGUUGCGGAUAAAAACAACAUCCUCGGUGUCAUCCUCUCCACUGCCACUAACCACUCCGCCGACGCAAUAUCCAUCACGCACCCGCAUGCCGGAAACCAAGCGUCGCUCUACCGGAGCGUCAUGCAUGAUGCUGGUAUUGACCCUGUCGAUGUGAGCUAUGUCGAGAUGCAUGGUACGGGAACACAGGCGGGAGACAUGGCCGAGAUUCGCUCAGUGUCCGAAGUGUUUGCUCCUCAAGGAUCGAGAGGUUCCAGUGCCGACAAGGCCCUCUACAUUGGGUCUGUCAAAGCCAAUAUUGGUCACGGCGGAGCAGCUGCAGGUAUUGGAGCGCUCAUCAAAAUCCUUCUUAUGCUUCGACAAAGCGUCAUACCUCAGCACAUUGGCAUUCAACACGAGAUCAACCCUCGCUUCCCGGACCUUCAGAGCCUCAACAUGCGUGUGCCCUUUGACAACACACCAUGGCGCUCCCAGAAUGGUCUUCGGAGGAUAGCAUUCCUCAACAAUUUCAGCGCCGCGGGUGGCAAUACCGCGAUGCUCAUUCAAGAAGGUCCUGAGAAAGAGCAACAAUCUCUGGAACCAGACCCACGUACUUGGCUUCCAUUUGUCACUUCGGCAAAGUCCUUGUCCUCACUAAAGAAGAAUGUCCAGCGACUGAUCGAUCAUCUUGGGUCGAUCUCACAGAAGGAUUUUUCGAGUCUGUCUUACACGUUGACCUCACGUCGUAUGCAUCACAACUACCGCGUUGCUGUAACUGUAAGGAAUCUCGACGAACUGAAAACUUCACUGGCAAAAAGGGUUCAAGAAGGAGACAUUUCUCCGAUUCCAUCGGCUUCUCCGGAGGUGACGUUUGUCUUCACCGGACAGGGAGCAUUCUAUGCUGAGCUUGGAAAAGCUCUCAUGGAGAGUUCAAAGCAGUUUCGAUCGACCAUUCAACAUCUCGAUAAAGUAUCGCAAGGUCAAGGGUUCCCCUCUUUCCUUCCUGCGCUAGCAGUGGCCGAGACAGAAACACUAUCCCCCACCGUCGUUCAGCUCGCACUUGUAUGUGUCCAAAUCGCUCUCGUGCAUCUGUGGAGGUCAUGGGGGGUGGUACCAUCCCUAGUUAUUGGUCACAGUCUCGGCGAGUAUGCUGCACUCUACACAGCUGGAGUUCUUUCCAUGGAAGACACCAUCUACCUGGUAGGGGCACGCGCGCAGCUUAUGGAGGCCAAGUGCAAACAAAACACACAUGCUAUGCUCGCCGUGAGAGCUUCGGAAGAAGAUGUCAAACUUGCUGUUGGAAAUCUGCCGUUCGAUAUUGCAUGCCUAAACUCGCCGGGUGACACUGUACUCGCUGGUACAGCCGAAGAGAUAGCUGUGUUAUCUGGCGCUCUGAAAGAGAAGGGGCUGCAAUGCACCCAACUCAAUCUGCCCUACGCGUUCCACUCCGCUCAGGUCGACCCAAUUCUUUCACCUUUCGAGAACCUCGCUGCCGAGGUCAUAUUUACGAAGCCUCAGAUACCCGUUCUCUCUUCUCUUCUUGGGGAUGUUGUAAAUUCUGAGGGGAUUUUCAAUGCGCAAUACCUAUGCCAACAUGCAAGGGAGUGUGUGGACUUUGUUCAAGCACUCGAAAUUGGCAAAAUUCAAGGGCACAUCACCGCAAAAACGGUCUUCCUUGAGAUUGGACCACAUCCCAUCUGCUCGAAGAUGGUGAAGAACACCCUCUCGCCAACUGCUUUGACUGCGUCUUCUUUGGUGAAAGGCGAACAAUCUUGGAAGAGCCUCUCUACUGCCGUAUGCGCUCUGCAUUGUGCGGGUAUAGCGAUUGACUUCCGCGAGUUUCAUCGUGACUUCGAGUCUUCUCACACGCUUCUCGACCUUCCGUCUUACAGCUUUGAUAACAAGAAUUACUGGAUUGACUAUGUCAACGACUGGUGCUUGCACAAGGUGGAGCCUCGCAAUGUCAAGGCUAUUGAGGGUCCUCCUUCCCCUCCUCAGAGUAGAUUAUCGACAUCUUCGGUGCACAGAAUCACGUCUGAAAGCUUCCAAAAUGGCCGAGCAACUGUCACAUCCCAAUCGGACCUUUCUGAUCCGACUUUGCGGGCUGCCGUGCAAGGGCAUCAAGUCAACAACACAAGCCUUUUCUCUUCGUCCAUCUACGCUGAUAUCGCUUUAACACUCGGAGAUUAUGUGUACAAACGUAUGAACCCAGAAAAGCCUGCUAUAGGCGUCAGCUGUGGUGAUAUGGAAGUCUUCAAGCCCCUGAUCAUCAAAGGCAGCGAUGCCGACACCCGCGUCUUAGAAACCGUUGAUGCCGUCUCCAAGCAAUCAGUCCUGCAUGCCACAUGCGUGGUUACAUUCGAAGAUACCGCUGCAUGGACAAACAGCUGGAACAAUAUGGCAUACCUCAUCGAGGGACGGAUUGAUACCCUCAAGGAGCGACUGGUCAAGAAUCAAGCAGACAAAAUGUCACGUGCGCUUGUAUACAGGCUCUUCUCAUCCUUGGUGGAUUACAAGCUCCCCUAUCAAGGCAUGGAAGAAGUGAUCAUUGACGGAGCCAACUUCGAGGCCACAUCUCGCGUUGCAUUCCAAACCAAGAGCGAGGACGGAAAUUUUUUUUGCAACCCUUACGGGAUCGACAGUCUUAUGCAUCUCGCUGGCUUCAUUUUAAAUGGCGGCAGCGGAGUCGACGCAAAACAAUUCGUUUACAUUUCGCAUGGAUGGAAAGCGUUGCGAUUUGCGGUGCCACCUCAACAAGACAAGGUUUACCAUUCGUACGUCAAGAUGCAACCAACUGGCGAGAGCAACAUCAUGGCUGGAGAUGUUUACGUGUUUGAGAACGGAAAAAUCAUAGCCAUGUGUGUGGGACUCAAGUUCCAACGCAUUCCGCGCACUGUCCUCAAUACCUUCUUGCCGCCACAAGUGUCUUCUCUUGACACUGUAGCGCAACCUCGAAUCGAAAAGAAGACAGAAGCCCCGGCGAACAUCACUGCCAAGAAUCUGUCGACCCGCCCAAAAGUGGAGAAAGUCAAAGCAGAUCUUCACAGACAACCGCCAUCAACGGUAACACUGGUGAUGGACGUCAUAUCGGCGGAGUCGGAACUGCCACUUUCGGAGUUGCAUGAUGAUUGCAUGUUUUCGGAUCUCGGUAUCGACUCCCUGCUAUCCCUUCAAAUUCUUGGUAAGCUCCGAGAGGACUUGGACCUUGACCUUCCUGGGGAUGUAUUCGUUAAAUGCGAGACCAUUGGAGACCUAAGGAGAUACUUGGGCGACAUCCAGGGAGACGACGGCACAUCCUCAGCUUCAUCGUCUGCAUCACCAGUAUCCACGGCUGUGACGACUCCUUCAAUAAUGUCUGACGAGGAGAACUCUGUCUUUGUGGAUGCUCCUAAUGGCAUGUGUGACCCACUACAAGCGUCACUCCAAAUGGUCAAAGGCGAAUCUUCUGGUGCUAAACUCCUAUCGUUUUUCAGAGAGACGAUCGCAGAGCAGAUGGAUAUUGCCAUGGAGGAGGUGGUUGGAUCCAACGAUCUACUCUCUCUGGGAAUGGAUUCACUCAUGAGCAUUUGUAUCCUUGGUAUCAUUAGGGAGAAGACCGAGCUCGACUUACCCUCGGACUUUUUCCAAAAGUACACCUGCAUUGAUGAGAUUGAGCAAUUCCUCAAUCCCGUUCCGAUAGAGAAGCCUAAGGGAGCAGACAGAGUCUCUCGCGCAACACGUGGAGGCACAACUCGUGGACAACGAGAAACUUCUCAACCAACAAGCCGACUGCCACGGGCGGUCUCCAUGCUGCUGCAAGGCAAACCGCGCACCGCGUCCAAGGUUCUCUUCUUGAUUCCCGAUGGAUCUGGAUCAGCCACUUCGUAUGCCAGCAUCCCUGCCAUUGAUCCAUCGAUCGCAGUGUAUGGCUUGAACUCGCCGUAUAUGAAGUCGCCGUCACUAUUCACCAACGGAAUCCCAGGGAUUGCCACUCAAUACUUGGAAGAAGUCCGCCGCAGGCAGCCAGUGGGACCAUACCACCUUGGCGGUUGGUCUGCCGGCGGUGUUGUCGCUUAUGAGAUGACGCUUCAACUGAUGGCAGCUGGUGAGCGAGUUGAGUCGCUUUUUCUCCUUGACUCACCUUGUUCCAUCGCACUAGAAUCUCUGCCGUCACGACUUCACCACUUCUUUGCCGAGAUUGGGCUCAUUGGCAUUGAUGAAGGGAGCAAGGUUCCUGACUGGCUCCUCGACCAUUUUGAAGCUAGCAUCAAAGCUCUUACAGCAUACGAGCCCCAGCCCAUUUCAGACAAUCAUAUGUCUCUGGCACCUCGUACCAUGGCUGUUUGGGCUCGCUAUGGUGUGUGCAGAUACCCUGACAGCCCGCGGCCCGAGGUCAAGGGCGACGAACCCAAGAGCAUGAACUGGCUGCUCAACAAUCGUACUGACUUCGGGCCCAAUGGCUGGGAGGCACUCUUGAAGAGUGUUGAGAUUCAGACAAUGACCAUGGAGGGCAACCAUUUCACACUUAUGAAGGAAAAGGAUGAGGUGAGCUAUUAA